AUAUAUAUGUAUUGUUUAUUUACAAAUUUAAAUUAAUAAGAAUUAUUGCAACAAAACAACCAUGUUUGUUUAAGAACAAAAAAAAAAGUGUUACUAAUUAAAGUGAAUAAUUAAAGAUAAGACGAUUGCUUUAUUUAUAAUAAGGGCUUUUCGAUUUUCUUUGCUUUAAGGCUUAACCAAAUAUUAUACUGUCAUGUGAUCGUAAAGCCACUGAUGAAUAACCAAUUUAUGAGUUUAUGACACAAUGCAUAAUAUCACGUGAUUGUGUAGUACAAGGGGCAGAUCUAGAAAAUAUAAAAGCACACGUUUUGCGCCAGUAUGAUUUCUUUGGGGGGUUUGAGUUUUCUUUUUUCCUUCAAUUUGUAAAACCCAAAUUCUUAUCCUUGAGGAUAAGCAGUGACUAUCUUACAUUGAAAUUCUUAAGUAUUUCGAGCAAAAAAAAGGGAUUUCAUAAAAUCAUUUUCAAGAUGAUUAUAGCAUUCGUUAUAGACGUUUGUGAUGAUGAGACUCAAGACGGAUUGUCUUUGUUGGAUGUUGUUAAAAAUGGAAUUCGGAAUUUUUUAGAGUACAUGAAUGGAAGACGAGAUCAAUAUCGUACCAAAUAUCUUCUUGUAUCAUCUGAUAAAAAAGGAUACUGUAUAAAGUGGGAAUACAAAAAGGACGAAAAUAAACUAUAUAAAUUAUUUGAACAACUCGAGUUAUUACAACCAGAUCCGUCAUUCUACGGAUCAGGGCUUGACUCGGUUUUCGAGUAUUUAAAUUUCCGUCGCAUAUGUAGAUGGCAUGAUUUUUUCUGUAGAGGUAAUUACAUAGAACACAAUGAGACUUCCUGUAUAUUUUGGUUUACAGAUGGAAAUAAUUUGGAUUGGUUAAAUAACGGACUCAUGUAUCCGGAUUCAGAAAAAAGCUCUAAUAUAUAUAGAGAAAAAUAUCGAUGGGAGCAAAGGUUGUAUACUUUUUAUCUUUCGAAAUCAAAUUCGUUCGAUUUUCCGAGACAGUUGGAGUGGAUAAAUAUGAAAAUGCUUGGUCAAUUAUAUAAAGUUCAAACGCUUGAACAAAUAGCUCACGCAUUUAAUAAUAUCAUUGGCGGUAUCAAAAAUGACCCAUACCCACUUUCUAAACUUAAUCAUAUGCGUCCAUUGAAAAAGACGUGUGGAGUACAUUUAAAUUUGGUCGAACAAGUGGAUGGGUCUCCUGAGAGAAUCAAUCAUUUUGUUCAUAUCUAUGUCGAUCCGUAUAAAAUCAAUGGAACUUAUCCAAUUCCUGAAGAAUACUGGAUUGAACCUGAUGCAAUGAAGGGAUUUUCCCAAACAGUAGUAUAUGAACAUAAACGCCCAUCGAUACCAACAAUCAUAUUUUGGAAGACUGAUCAAUUGAGUGCAGAUACGUUUGAUUUACCGCCGCAUUUUUCUCGCGAUAUUUAUACAUUAUCAGAUUGUGACCUGAGCAGAGAAAUAUUAAAACAAAAGAUAGGAAUUAAGUGGCCCGUUUAUGUUGAACAUAGCGGACGACAAAAUCAAAGUGUACUUGGGCAACCAUUUGGUUAUUUAACGGCCGUCAAAAAAGAUGAAUAUACUACAGAAGCAUGUCUUGUUCUUCUUCCAUACAACUACAUUGAGUUAGCUUCGUUAUUGAGAUCACGUAAUUUUUUUUUUGAGCGUAUAUAUUUUCAUACAAUAGUCACGUAACUGACCAAUCUAUAAACUGAAAUUUAGAUAAUAUGUAUGUAGAACCACCGAUGGAUUGGAAAAAAGCGUUUGAACGAUAUCUGCACAAUAU